CAACUUGACUUACAUAGAAAACCCUAGAUUCCGAGUUAUUGAUUCUGAGUUUUUCUAGAAAUGGUGGGUGUGAAAAGAAAGAGAUGCACGAACAGUAUGGACGUGAUCUCCAACAUGCCAGACGAGAUUCUUCACGAAAUCCAGUCGAAUCUCACAUUUAAGCAUAUUCGUAGAACCACCAGUGUAUCCAAGAGAUUCAACAGAUUAGCAAUGUCGACCCCUGUUGUGGAUAUGAGUGAGUGGUGGCAUGAAUCUGAUUGUGAGGGUUCUUACUGCGAUUGCGUACCAUGGCUUGGUUUCGAUGAAGUGAUGGAUGAAGUGAUUUUAGAAAAUGAAACAACUAUCAAGAAAUGCGUUCUUGAUAUCUUCGAAAACUUCUAUGACCAAAAGAUGAUAACCAAAUGGAUUACUAAGUUGGUAGAGCGUAGAAAGGUUCAAGAGCUGAAGCUAUUUUUUGGUUUUCAUAUUAACAAUGAGGAUGAUGCUGAUUAUGAUUUUAUGGAGCGGACAGUAAAAACAAAACUAUAUAUUCCACAGUGCUUAUUCGAGUCUCCAACACUAACCAGCUUGGAGUUGAUCUGCACAAACGAUUCGCCCAGAAGUUUACGUCUUCCUAAACGGUUCUCACUUGGAAAGCUCAAGAGCUUUAUUGUUAUCGGAUUUAAAUUUGCAAACAACAAUUUAAUAUCUCAAUUAUUUUCCAACUGUCCGGUUUUAGAAGAAGUGAGUUUGAAGGACUGUACUUUUGAGAAGACGAAUGCAGGUCACAUCUUUGGAUCGAUUUCCUCCACUGUCAAAGUUGUCAAGCUGCAUGAUUCCAUCUUUAAGGACCUCUUCUGUGUUGAUGGCUUCGAAAUAUCCGGCCUACCAAUGUUUUAUAACUUGGUUAGUCUGGAUAUUACUUUCGAUUAUGACAACAUCGGGAAAAUAUUCGAUUUUCUCCACUUAGUGCCUAACCUGGAAAAACUUGUCUUUCGUGAGAGUACUUGGGCUUGCAAAACAUUUGAUGGUGGAAAUGGUGCUUGGGAAUUGAGUGUUGUACCUCGUUGCUUCUCGUUGAAUUUGAAAUCAGUCACACUCAAGUAUAAUGUGCGACUGGACCCGGAAAUGAUUUAUGUGGCAAAGUUGUUUUUGAGGAAUGCAAUUGUAUUGCAGAAAAUGACCCUGAGUAAUUCGAAGUUGAGACGCGUUCACCUUGAAGACAACAAUAGCAAAUUAAUGGAGGAGCUUCAAACAGUUCCAAGAGGCUCAGCUAGUUGUCAAAUUGAGUUUAUAUAAGCAUUUUGGAGGUUUUCUUUUGGUUGUUCAGAUUCUUGAUAUGUCUUUUGCUGUAGGCUUUUAAAUGCUUUACAUUAUCCUUUGAUCAUUUUGUUUACAUUCUGUCAGACUACUGGUGAUAUUUU